AUGGAGAAAUCCGAUGCCCUCUUAGAGGCCAAGGAGCGGCCCCCGCGCGCCCGGCCGGCCAGCACCUCCCCGUCCCCGGGCGCGCACGGCAGGCACGGCGGCCCGGAGGGGAAGAGCUCGUCGCGCAGCCCGGGCCCCCACCCGCGCUCGUGGAGCUCCAGCCGCUCGCCCUCCAAGUCCCGCUCGCGCUCUGCGGAGAAGAGGACCCGCAGCCCCAGCCGCUCGCCGUCGCCCAAGAAAACCCUGGGCCGGGACAAGGACGGCGAGGGCCGCGCGAGGCACGCCGAGGCCGAGGCCGCCCGCGCCCGGCGCCGCUCCCGCAGCUACUCGCCCAUCCGCAAGCGGCGCCGGGACUCGCCCAGCUUCAUGGAGCCGCGGCGCAUCACCAGGUCCAGCCUGCCGAGUGGCCUGUGGCCGGCCUGGGGGCCGAGUGGACCCCCUCCCCACAGGCUGCAGGGGAGAUGCCCAUUCCAAUGGGGCUGUGGGGAGUGUGUGGCAGAUAUGGCAGAAGCCACAUCAGAGAGCGUCUCUGCCAGGACUGGAGGUGCCCGAAAGCGUCCCAUCCCCUACUACCGGCCCAGCCCCUCGUCCUCCUCCAGCUGCCUGAGCAGCGACUACUCAAGCCGGAGCCCCAGCCGCAGCCCCAGCCCGGGCCACAGCCACGGAAGCUACAGCAGCCGCAGCCGCGGGACCCGCAGCCGCACGCGCAGCCCCUCCCGGACCCCCAGUCCCAGCUACCACAGCCGGAGCAGCUCAGAGAGUGGGGGCUUCUGA